UCAAGCGAGAGGAGGCAGCGCGCGUCGAGGAGGAGGAGGAGGAGGAGGAGGAAGAGGCGGCCGCCGCCGCCGCAGCAGCUGCAGCACCGGCCAGAGCCUCAGCGGGGACCUUCACGGCCCCGCAGCCGCCAACGGCUCCUGCGACCGCCGCCAUCCCCCAGCCUUAUUCCCGUGCCCACCAAAAGCGGCAGCCCCAGCGGCCCCGGGAUUACCGCCAGCACGGGAGGCGUCCUCCGCUCGGCUCUUCUCUCCCUUUUCUUCUUCUUCUCCCUCCAUCCCCCCCGAUUCCCGAUCGGGGGGGAAGCGCCGCAAGAGAGGGGGCUGCCCGAGCAAGAUCAUGCCGGACCAGAUCACUGUGUCAGAGUUUAUUACUGAGACCACAGAGGAUUACAACUCUCCAACAACAUCCAGCUUUACUACCCGGCUACAGAACUGCAGGAAUACAGUCACUCUUCUAGAAGAGGCACUAGAUCAGGACAGAACUGCACUACAAAAAGUAAAAAAAUCAGUAAAAGCAAUAUAUAAUUCUGGGCAAGAACAUGUCCAAAAUGAGGAAAACUAUGCACAAGUACUGGAUAAAUUUGGAAGUAAUUUCUUGAGUAGAGAUAAUCCGGAUCUUGGCACUGCUUUCGUAAAAUUUUCCACAUUGACGAAAGAAUUAUCAACACUGCUGAAAAAUCUGCACCAAGGCUUGAACCACAAUGUCAUCUUCACAUUGGAUUCCCUUUUAAAAGGAGAUUUGAAAGGAGUCAAAGGGGAUCUUAAAAAGCCUUUUGACAAAGCCUGGAAGGAUUAUGAGACCAAAUUCACAAAGAUUGAAAAGGAAAAAAGAGAACAUGCAAAACAGCAUGGGAUGAUAAGGACUGAAAUUACGGGAGCUGAAAUUGCCGAGGAUAUGGAAAAGGAACGACGUUUCUUCCAGUUACAAAUGUGUGAGUACCUUAUCAAAGUGAAUGAGAUAAAGACCAAAAAAGGUGUAGAUCUUCUACAGAAUCUGAUAAAAUAUUACCAUGCUCAGUGCAAUUUUUUUCAGGAUGGUUUGAAGACAGCUGAUAAAAUGAAACAGUAUGUAGAAAAAUUAGCCGCAGACCUUUAUAAUAUCAAGCAGACGCAGGACGAGGAAAAAAAACAAUUAACGGCGUUGAGAGAUUUAAUAAAGUCGACUUUACAUUGUGAAUCCAAGGAGUCUAGGAGAGAUUCCCAGAGUAAGCAGGGAGGGGGCUACAGCAUGCACCAACUUCAAGGGAACAAGGAGUUUGGAAGUGAAAAAACAGGCUACCUGCUUAAAAAGAGCGAUGGAAUAAGAAAGGUUUGGCAAAGAAGAAAAUGUGCUGUUAAAAAUGGGGUCCUGACCAUUUCUCAUGCAACUUCAAACAGGCAGCCUGCUAAGUUGUAUUUACUAACCUGCCAGGUGAAACCAAAUGCUGAAGACAAGAAAUCGUUUGACCUGAUAUCACAUAACAGAACGUACCACUUUCAAGCAGAAGAUGAGCAAGACUAUGUAGCAUGGAUAUCAGUAUUGACCAAUAGUAAAGAAGAGGCUUUAAAUAUGGCAUUCCGUGGAGAAGAGAACACAGGAGACAAUAGUUUAGAUGAUCUUACAAAAGCCAUUAUUGAUGACAUCCAGAGGUUACCUGGAAAUGAUGUCUGCUGUGACUGUGGAUCACCAGAUCCAACAUGGCUUUCAACUAACCUGGGUAUUUUAACCUGCAUAGAAUGUUCUGGAAUACAUAGAGAAAUGGGUGUUCAUGUCUCUCGAAUACAGUCUUUAGAGCUAGACAAAUUAGGAACAUCUGAACUCUUGUUGGUCAAGAACAUAGGAAACAAUAUUUUUAAUGAACUUAUGGAGGGCAACUUGCCAAGUCCUUCUCCAAAACCUACUCCAUCGAGUGAUAUGUCUGUUCGUAAAGAAUUUAUUAUUGCUAAAUAUGUUGAACGUAAGUUCUGCAGAAAGACUUGCCUCUCUGCAGCAGCUAAACUGAAUGAACUACUUGAGGCUGUCAAAUCCAGGGAUUUACUUGCACUACUUCAAGUCUAUAUAGAAGGAGUUGAACUAAUGGAACCAUUGCUGGAUCCUGGACAGGAACCAGGUGAAACAGCCCUUCAUGUAGCAAUCCGGACUGCUGACCAGACUUCACUCCCUGUGGUUGACUUCCUUGUUCAAAACUGUGGAUACUUGGAUAAACAAACAACGUUGGGGAAUACAGCCCUGCAUUAUUGCAGUAUAUAUAAUAAACCUGAAUGUUUGAAAUUGGUGUUGAAGAGCAAAUCAGUCAUAGAUAUAGUAAACCAUGCUGGAGAAACAGCGAUGGACAUAGCAAAGAGACUGAAAUCUACCCAAUGUGAAGAACUGCUUUCCCAGGCCAAAGAAGGAAUCCUAAAUCCACACGUGCAUGUCGAGUAUGAGUGGAAUCUUCGGCAGGAAGAAAUGGAUGAAAGUGACGAUGACUUGGAUGACAAGCCAAGUCCAAUAAAGAAGGAACGUUCUCCAAGACCUCAAAGCUUUUGCCAUUCCAGUAUUUCUCCCCAAGACAAAAUGGCUCUUCCUGGUCUUAGCACUCCAAGAGACAAACAGAGACUCUCCUAUGGAGCCUUCCCAAAUCAGAUUUUUGUCUCCACAACCACAGACUCCACAACAUCUCCAACAGGAACGGAUGCUCCUCCGCUUCCACCUAGAAAUGCUGGAAAAGGUCCAUCUGGCCCUCCUUCAACCCUCCCUUUAAGUACUCAAACCACUAGCGGCAGCUCCACUCUGUCUAAGAAGAGGCCCCCGCCCCCGCCCCCAGGACAUAAAAGAACCCUCUCUGACCCUCCAAGCCCACUACCUCAUGGACCCCAGAAUAAGGGCCAAAUUCCUUGGGGUAAUGAUUUGGGUCCACCAGCCUCAAAAACUGCAAACAAGUUUGAGGGGAUGUCUCAACAAUCAGGCACAGGGACUGCUAAGACUGCACUGGGCCCAAGGGUUCUUCCAAAACUACCUCAGAAAGUGGCCCUAAGAAAAAUAGAAACCAUUCAUCUCCCUUCAGUCGACAAGUCCAGUCAACAUUCAGAAAUAUUCCAGAAGUCAGCUUCACUUUCUAUUGAUCUGCCCCAGAAACCACCGUCUGCAGAUCUGUCCCCUAAGCCUCAGCCUCUGGAACUGCCCCAGAAACCGGGGUCUGGAGAGUUAUCCCCUAAGCCUCAUUCUCAGCCUCUGGAGCUGCCCCAGAAACCUCAAACUGGAGAUUUACCCCCAAAGCCAGGAGAACUACCACCAAAACCUCAACUAGGAGACCUGCCACCAAAACCCCAACUCGCAGACUUACCUCCAAAGCCACAAAUUAAAGACCUGCCUCCCAAGCCUCAGUUGGCGGAUGCUUUGGCUAAAAUUCCAAGUGGGGAGGUAUCCCUAAAGCCUCAGGCGUCAGAGUUGAAUCAGAAAUCCCACUCCGUGGAUCUUUCUCCAAAGGUGCAACCUAAAGAGGCCGUCCAAGACUCCAAUGAUGUCACCCAUGUAUUGCCAGAGACCCCAGUGCCACUUCCUAGAAAAAUAAAUGUGGGCAAGAACAAAGUUAGGCGAGUGAAGACAAUCUAUGAUUGCCAAGCAGAUAACGAUGAUGAACUUACAUUUGUGGAAGGUGAAGUUAUUAUUGUAACAGGUGAAGAGGACCAAGAGUGGUGGAUUGGCCACAUUGAAGGAAAGCCCGAAAGAAAAGGGGUUUUCCCAGUAUCAUUUGUCCACAUUUUGUCAGACUAAAAUCAAAUUGGAAACUUGAGCAUUGCACAUUCUUCUUGCGAAACGGGCUUUUAGCACGAAGCAACCAGCUGCUGCAUCCUUGUAAUUCUGUGCACAAAUGUGGAUAUGUAUAUGUAUAGUUGCUGUUAACAGAAUGAGAAAUUAUAGUUCAUCCUAUGAGGUGACUUUUACUAGUCUUGUAAAUAGAUCGUGUUACUCUGCCUUUGCCAGUAUUACGGUAGCCUUGGGACCUAGCACGCCUUAUUGGGUUUGCUCAAGCCAUCCUUGGCAUCAGGCACUUACAUCUCUGUAGUCCUAUGCAGGUGUUUGCCUGCUCACCCGUGGGGCUAAAUUGGGGACAAAGAAAAUCAGUAGGCACGUAAGUCUUUGUCCACCCCAGAAGUCAGCUUGUACCCAGCAGCACUGGAAAAUACCUCUGUAACCAUGUUCCUUUGAGUGGG